AUGAGUCUCACAUUCAGGAGAGGAUUGACAACCAUGGCGUCGCUCAAGAAGGCCACCAAGGUCGUUUGCAUUGGCCGCAACUAUGCGGACCAUAUCGCGGAGCUGAACAGCGCAAAGCCCAAGCAGCCUUUCUUCUUCCUUAAGCCUCCUUCGUCUAUCAUCCUCCCCGGAGAAGGACCUGUGGUUCGGCCUCGUGGUGUUGAUAUGCACUACGAGGUUGAGCUUGCUCUUAUCCUCGGCAAGCGUGUCAGAGACCAUGAUGCUUCUGACUUGAAGGGAGCUCUGGAUUCCAUUGAGAGCUAUGCCCUCAGCAUCGACAUGACGGCCCGCAACGUCCAGAACGAGGCCAAGAAGAAGGGUCUCCCCUGGGACAUUGCCAAGGGAUUCGACACCUUCCUGCCCAUGAGCAAGCUCAUCGAGAAGUCCCGUAUCCAGGACCCCCACAACAUCGAGCUCUACCUCAAGGUCAACGACGAGGUUCGCCAGAACGACUCCACCAACUUGAUGCUGUUUCAGAUUCCCCGCAUCCUCAGCGACAUCUCCAAGGUUAUGACUCUCGAGGCCGGUGACAUCGUCCUGACCGGCACUCCCAAGGGUGUUGGUCCGGUUGUUCCCGGUGAUGUCAUGCGCGCCGGUAUCCGUGUGGAUGGCAAGGAGCUUGAGGAGGCCAAGAUCGAGAUUGCGGUCGAGGAGUCUACCCGCGCGUAUGAGUACGCCGAGACGUAA